GAUUGGGUUAGUCACUGGAAAAUAUCAGCAGAAGAAUUAAAUGAGAUCGAUCGAAAUACUCAAGAAAAGCAAUCUCAUAUUUUUGAUCUAAUUAAAAAUGAACAAAAAUUAGUUCUUCAUGGAAAAAUUUUAAUCGAGGUAUUUGGCAAGAGCUUUCUAAAAAAGAAUCCACCAUUGAUACCAUCAACUCAAAAAUUUUAUCAAGACGCAUUUUUAACCGUUGAAGAAAUAAUUAGAACUCACCAAAUGUAUUUAUUAGAACCUUUACUUAAUAAAUUAAAUGCCCAAGGCAAAUAUAUAUCAGGAAUCGCUGAAUUUUAUAUUCCAUGGGUGACAAAGGCUCUCAUUCCAUAUUUAAAAUAUUGCGAUAAAAUGGUCGGUGUAAGAGAAUUAAUCGCUUAUGAAACAAAAGUAAGAAAAGAAUCAAAAUUUGCAGAAUGGUUGAAUGAAUGUGAUAGAGAUCCCAGAGUCGUUAAAGCUGGAGUGGCCUCUGAUAGGUUGUUUUUAAAUCGAUUUAUUUCCCACGUUAUGCAACUUCCAUUAACUUUAGGUGCUAUUCAGAAGAAGACUUCGCCAACUGAUCCUGAAUAUAGAAAUUUAUCUAAAACAAUUAAAGCUGUUAAAAAGUUAUCAUCGAAAAUUGAUUCGAUGCAAGACUGUGCAGCUAAAACAAGAGCUAUAAGAAAUGUAGCAUCUCAAUUGAUUUGGAAAAAUGGCUGUGAAGUUAACAUGGAAUGGAAUUCUCCAGAAAGAUUACUUUUUAAAAGGGGUAAUGUUUCCAAAAAAAGAGACAUGUGGCUAGAUUCUUCCUCUCACUUGGUUUUAAUGGAUAAUUACUUGCUAAUGACAGAGGAAAUCAGGGAAACUGCAGAAAUUAAGCGCUACAAAGUAUCAGAAAGACCAAUUCCAAUUGAAUUUUUACUUAUACAGAUUAGUUUAUUAGACAGAAGAACCACAACUCAGCCGGGACAGUUGAUGAAUGGGUCAAUUUCUCAAGAUGAACCAAUUACUUAUGCAUUUAAAGUUUCAUAUGCUGGAAAAACAGAUUCUUAUACUUUUUACACGAAUACGGAUGUAGAAAGAAAAGAGUGGUUGAAAAUCAUUGGAGAAGCUCAAGCAAGCCAUAGAGAAAGAAUCAAGUGCAAUGAACCAUUUAAAUUAAAAAUUUUAUCAGAUGCUGCUUUUGCGUAUGAAAAGGAGAAUUUUCCUCGUAAAUUACCAAUUUGUUCUAAAGGAUCAGGAAUUGAAAUUGCUUUGCAGGAAACAGCUGAAAAAUUCCCCGGUAAAAUCCCAAGACCAUUGAUGUAUAGUUCAGUUUUAAGCUCUACUAGUUUUACUUAUCAAGAUAUUGAAUAUUUGUUGGUAGGGUUAGAUUAUGGGGUCUAUAUGGCUCAAAGUGGUGAAGUUCGAAACUGGAAAAGAGUAUUGGAAUUAAAGUCUAUUUCUCAAAUGUGUGUCUUGGAACAAUUUAACGUUUUGGUUUUAUUGUCUGAUAAGAUUUUACAAUAUUAUAAAAUCGAAAAUAUUAUCCCUGUUUUUAAAGGAACUCGAACCAAAACAAUUGGACAAAAGUUGUCCAAGCAAGAUGUUUUAUUUUUUAAAGUUGGUGAACAAAAGGGCUCUACAUUAUUGUUUUACUCAAAACAAAAGGUUUCUAGUUCGGGAUGCUACUUUAAAGUUGUUAUUCCUAAGCUAGAAGAAGCGACAGGAAAGUUUGAAUAUUUCGAGGAACACAAAAAAUUUAAUAUUCAAGCAGACUGUUCUGGAUUGACAAUAUUUAGAAACACCUUUGCGAUACAUACAGCGAAAGGAUUCGAGGUUUUGUCACUAUCGAUGUUGCAAGCCCAGUCAAUUCCAAUAUUAUCUGAGCCAAGUACAGUACAAAAGAAGAACGUUUUUUCUAGUCUUGCCUUAAUUAGAAAGAAACUUUCAAGUGCCAGCUGCAGGCCAAUGGGGAUUUUUAAAAUCAACGAAAUGAAAGAGCUAUUGCUUGUUUAUAACGAAUUUGCUUUAAUAUGCAGUAACCAUGGUGUUUUAUCUAGAAUUAGCUUGAUUCCUUUUACUUUUAGGUGCAAAGGUGUUGCCUUCCAGGAUGAUUUUUUGGUUUUGGUUUCUCCAGACGUGAUUGAGGUU